AUGUCCGAACAGAAGCAGAACCAUGAUAACCUAUUCGUUCCUCGAAACACCGAGGCCAAGUUGAGGUCUGAUGGAGAACCAGAACACACUGAUGAAGCCAGUCAGAGGUUAUCAAUAGACAGCAAGAUGUCCUGGCCACACGACCAUGGGAAGGGACUCUCAGCCCUACCAGAUCCAGAUUCGUUCCGCAGAUUCUCCACGAGCCCGUUCCAGAAUGGGAGGAUGUCACCGUUACCAGGGGCAGAGUACCCUCCAACAGUAUUACAGAGUUCUCAAAAGAAUACGAAACUGGCGGCGUUCUGGCAGACCAACAAAGGCGUCGUCUUGGUGGCAUUAUCACAACUAUUCGGUGCUCUGAUGAAUCUCACAGCAAGGCUCCUCGAGCUCGAAGGCGAAGGAAUGCACCCACUCCAGGUGCUCUUCGCCCGGCAAAGCGUCACGAUGGUCUGUUGCUGCCUCUACAUGUACUACAUGAAGACGCCCGACUUCCCCUUUGGAAAGAAGGAAAUCAGAUGGCUCCUCGUUGCCAGAGGCGUGACGGGCUUCUUCGGCAUCUUUGGCAUGUGGUACUCGAUGAUGUAUCUCCCCCUCGCCGAGGCCACCGUCAUAACCUUCCUGGCCCCCAGCGUCGCCGGCUACGUGUGCUAUCUCGCCCUCCGCGAACCGUUUACCAGAAACGAGCAGAUCGGCACCGUCAUCGCCUUCUUCGGCGUCGUCCUCAUCGCCCACCCGACCUCGCUCUUCUCCGGGGACUCGACGUCCACGGCCGCCGCCACCGCGCCGGAAACCCCGGGCCCGAAUAAUGGGACGAUGACUUCGACGCUGCCGGGACUGAACCACCAGGCUACGACGGCGGAGCGGCUAAUGGCCAUCGGGGUUGCGAUAGUGGGUGUGUUCGGCGCCGCCGGAGCAUUCACGACAAUCCGGUGGAUCGGGAAGAGGGCGCACCCGCUCAUCUCGGUGAACUACUUUGCGACGUGGUGCACCAUCGUCUGCACCGUCGUGCUCACCACCGCGCCCAUGCUCGAGAUCGGACAACCCGCCCUGCGAUGGGGUCUACCACAGACGGGACGGCAGUGGCUCUUCCUCGUGCUGCUGGGCGUGUUCGGGUUCGUAAUGCAGUUCCUCCUCACGGCGGGGCUCGGCACGGAUCGGUCGAAUAGGGCGAACGCCAUGGUGUAUACGCACAUGCUCUUCGCGGCAGGGUUCGACCGGUUCAUCUUUGGCAACGUCAUGGGGUGGAUGAGCCUUGCGGGCUGCGGGCUGAUCAUCGGAAGUGCGCUUUGGGUGGUGCUGACGAAGAGAGCACCGGCGCCCAAGAGGGAGGCGGAUGUGGAGGUUGCCAACGUGCGGGAUACGGAGGCUGUGCCGAUGUUGGCUGAUAUGGAUGGUGGAAGGGACGAAGAUUUUGAGCUUCAGAGAGUGAGGUGA